AUGGCCACCUCCAAGGUGAAAGACACACGCAGUGUCCUCGGCGCGAACCCUCAGCACCUGGGGGAGAAUAUCGUGGAAGAUGUUGCAGCUGCCACCCCCGAAGGAGAGCGUGGCCGAGCCCCCGAGCAGGGCCGACUUCACGCGUGCGCGCGUGCUGGGCACUGUGCACCGGGCGACUCCGCCCUGGAGACCGCCAGGGACCUGGAGCCCCGCUGCCCUGGCUGCAGAAUCAGGUGCAGGAAGUGGACGGAACGAGAGCGGCCGCGCCACGGGCAGGGCGGUGACAGAGGCGGGGACCUCCCUCUGCCCUGGCUCGGGAAGUGCCGGCCGCAGGGAGCGCGCUGUAGGACCUGGACGACCUGGAGGCCUGCGAGGAGGCGGCGCAGGCAGAGGAAGGUGGGGCGCGGCGAAGGGCGUCACCAGUGGUCACCUCCAGACACGCUGCAGACCUGGACACGCCCGGGAAGGCCUAGCGGGUCACCUGGAAGAUUCCGGAGCCCUUCCCCUAGGGAGAAAGGCGCAGUGCAGGAGCCAGGGCCGCAGAGCAGGUCCGGAGCCCGGCGCAGCUCGGCCUGUCGAUCUGCAGGUCGUCGCCGGAGUCGCAGACGUGGGAGCCACGCCACGGCCCCGGAAAGGGCUAAGAGAAGAGACCAGAAGAGCGGGCGAGGAAGGGGAAGGUCACGACACGUUGGUUUCAGCGCAGACAGCCUCCUGUGGACUGAGGGGUCUUCAGGAUUGAGAUCUGCUCUCCCUUCUUGCGAAAUACCCUUCCCCGCAGCUUGGUCUCAGCUAGCCCAGGCUGACCUGGACUCACUUUGGGGGUCCCAGGCUGCUCUGAAACUCACGAUGGCAGUGACCUUGGGAUGACUCAGAAGGCAUCAUGGUGUUG